CUCUGAGCAGCUGUGUUUAUCAGAAGUCAGUAUGAACCAGGAGAAAUUGGCUAAACUUCAAGCCCAGGUCCGGAUAGGGGGCAAGGGAACAGCACGCAGGAAGAAGAAGGUGGUGCACAGAACAGCAACAGCUGAUGACAAGAAACUUCAAAGUUCGUUAAAGAAGCUUGCAGUCAAUAACAUAGCUGGCAUUGAAGAGGUGAAUAUGAUUAAAGAUGAUGGCACAGUCAUUCACUUCAAUAACCCCAAAGUGCAGGCGUCUCUGUCUGCCAAUACGUUCGCCAUCACAGGCCACGCAGAGACCAAACAGCUUACGGAAAUGCUCCCGGGAAUCCUCAGUCAACUCGGCGCUGACAGUCUCACAAGUCUGCGCAAACUCGCCGAGCAGUUUCCCAGACAGGUUCUGGACAACAAAGCUCCGAAAGCAGAAGAUAUCGAUGAAGAAGAUGAUGAUGUCCCAGAUCUUGUAGAGAACUUCGACGAGGCAUCAAAGAACGAGGCAAACUGAGCAUUGGACCUUCAGUAACUGCUGUUCAGAACAAAGUCUCCUGCAGUAUUUUUAAAUUAGAGUGACAGACAUAUCAUUUCAACACUAUUCAGUGAAACCAGAGACUUUUAUAUCGUAAAUUGGCUGUCCCAGAUCCAUUCCUGACCUUUCUCCUGCAUUUAUACAGAAAGACGGACGGUUAAUUGAAUGCUUAAUGGUUCUAAAUCUUAUCAUGUUGCUAGUUGAAAUGCUAGUUUUGACGGCGAUGGCUAUAAAAAUGAGUCUUAAUUAUUUUUUUCUGUUAAUUAAAUAAAAAUAAAGCUCAUAAAACGUUUCUAUAUGGUGCUUUGCUUUUCCUCUAGAUGCUUGAAAAGAUUUGUCAUGGGGU